AUGGUUACCGAAACGUACUAUUGGACCCCCCAGAGUGACCUCUCAAUCGACGAGUAUUUGAAAAAGUGCAAGCCCUCCGUCGUCACCAACGCCGACACGGCAGUGAGUAUCGACUUGUGGAUGCUAGUUGACAUCAGUGGAUCUACGUCGGCGUUCCCUCGGAAGAAGACUCGGGUGGUCCCAGCGGCGAUGCAUUCAAGGCUGUUGAAAAGGCGCGCGUUGUCGGAUAUGACCAAACGGUACCUGGCAGUCGAAGCGAAUGACGAGAUCCCCGUCCGUGCCAAGAAGGGGGUCAAGUCUAAGAAGGCCGUUCGCGACGAGAUUCACGUCGAGGCCGCCGAGGCUAUCAAGGGCAUUGCUCAGGAGACGAAAUAUGUGCAUGGCAAGUGGGUGCUGUUCGCGAACGAAAACGUCGACUCGGCUUGGGGCAAGAUUGCGCGCAGCAUUGCGUUUGGUCCUCUGAAGGAUGUCGGCGUCACGGCCGCCAAGGUUGCCCCCAAGAACCUCUAUGAACCCGAUCGCGGACAUGUCAUUUGCAUUUACUUCAAGGACGUUUACGACAAGGACUUGGCCCGCAGAAUCCUUGUCGUUCUUCUCAAGGACCACGGUCUCAACCCCACUGGUGUCAAGUCUGAUCUCUACACGUUACUUGAUCUGGACUCGCAGCAUCCAUCAAAGAUCCGAACCACCGUCUGGCGUCCCAACGAGGUCAUCGACGGUGGUGCUGCUGCGGUCAAGGCACUCCAGGAUGAAUACAGCCCUUCCAAGGAGGCAGCUCGUAACAAGAAGGCUGCUGCCGCCGCCGCUGCCGGAGACCUCGACAAGGACACUGCCGCCGACGGUACCGACGACUCCAAUGGGGAGAUCAAGCCCGAGUCGGAAGCGAAAGUCGGCGAGAAGCGCCAGAAUGCCGAUGAGAAUGAGAAGGUUGUGAAGCGUCCCAAGACGGCUGCGACCAAGUACAAGGAGAAUGACAUGUUUGCGGCCUCGGACAGCGAGGACGAGUAA